CCAUUUUUGUUUAAACCAAAGAUAAAAGAUAAUCUCAGCUUCUCCUUCAAGUCCAAAUGAAUGGCCAAUAGCUUCGCAAUUGAAAACCAAAACCCUAAGUCCUGUCUUAACAAAAUGAUUCUUCAUCCACUAUGUUCAUUCAUCCCUUGUAGUCGCAACCUUUGCUGCACUUCCAAUCAAACUUCACUUGCUAAUAAAUUCACAAUCUUCAACAACAAUGUCCAACAAAAGUCCAAUUCUUCUCAGACCCCUCAAGAAUCAAACCUAAAACUCCCUGAAUCCUUGUGUGCCCACACAAGAUUCUGCUCUUGUGGAAGAAGACAUUUCAUUGAAGCACUUGGUACCACUUUCUUAUCAGUCCCUCCUUCCAAUGCUUCCCAGUUGCACCCUGAUCCCACUGCCAUGUUGAAGAGGGUUCACCCUCCUAGGCCAGAUUGGUAUGAGGAAUUCUAUGCGUCAGUGUUGGAUUCGAGCAUGAAAUCUUAUGAGAAAGAGAUUGCAGGUUAUAAGUCACAGCUCUUUUCUAAUUUGAGGGGAAAGGCUCAGAAUGUGUUGGAAAUUGGCAUUGGGACAGGUCCUAAUCUCAGAUAUUAUGCGGCUGAUGCCGGUGUCAACGUGUUUGGCAUUGAUCCCAACAGAAAGAUGGAAAAGUAUGCUCGGGCCGCGGCACUUGCUGCUGGAUUACCUCCCACAAAUUUUGAAUUUAAACUAGCGGUUGCAGAGGCUUUACCCUUAAGUGAUGCUUCAGUUGAUGCGGUCGUUGGAACUCUUGUACUAUGUUCUGUUGCAGAUGUUAAUAUGACUCUGAAAGAGGUUAGGAGGGUGCUUAGACCGGGUGGGCUUUACAUAUUUGUGGAGCAUGUAGCUGCAAAAGAUGGAACAAUUCUCAAAUUUUUUCAGGGUGUUCUUGAUCCCAUUCAGCAGACAGUUGCCGAUGGGUGUCACCUCACCAGGAAAACAGGGAAGAGUAUAUCUGAAGCAGGGUUUUCGCGCGUUGACAUCAACAUGGCUUUCUUGUCCAGUGCCUCGCUUAUAAACCCUCAUGUGUAUGGAAUUGCUUUCAAGUAGGGCCGAAAUCGAAGCAAUGGUGUAAUUCUUGUUAACCUUGUGGUUUGGAGCCAAAAGAGCAAUGUUGUUGUAGCUUUUGAUGGCCAGCUCAAAAGUGUUGUGCACCUUAAGGUAUUAAUGCAAUCAUGAAGUUUGACUUUGGGUGCUUGUGGAGGUUAUGGCUUCUUCCCAGUCAUAAUAUAAGUUUCUUGCCAUCAAAUGGUAGGUGGAAUUGCUUUGUCAAGAUGAACUGCAUUUAAAUGAAUAGUGGUUGGUGGAAUAGCUUUGUCAAGAUGAACUGCAUUAAAAUGUAUAUGGCUUAUCUGUAUCAGUAUUUCUGGCUUGUCUCCAUGAGAAAGUUUUUGGUUGAAUACUCAUUUCGAAAAAUAAUUUUCCGUUGGUUCACGUGGCAUUCAACCACCGGCCAUUAGGGCUUACACCGGGACAUUCCUAGCCUCGAUUUCCCAGCAUUGUGAUGCAGUGAUUUUAUGAUAGAAUGAUUUUGAGCAUUAUAAAAUCCAUUAUUCCACGUUUGUCUCACCUCUGUGAAGUUCUGCAAGGAAACGAUCGGAGGACUUAAUCCGAGCAUUACUUUGUACAAACGGUUGAUUUCAGAUUUAUAUUUGCAUUAUGAUUUACUUUGCACAAAAUGGUAGUGUUGAUCUAAAAAUUAAGUGGGAGCUUUCUUGUGGAUUUUUUUGGGGGCUUUUGAUUUUGAUUUUGAUUUAUUCAA